AUGUCAAGAGCAAAUAGUCCCGCAGCUCCACAAGGAAAUAAUGAAAAUCAACAAGUGGCAGAUAAUUUUGAAGGGCCCAUGAGGAGGCCACGGGAUGAAAAUGUACCGCCGCCUCCUCCUCCUCCUGCUGCUGCUGCUCAGCCUCCACAAAUCCGCCAGGGAAAUGAAGGGGGGCCCAAUUGGACAAUGAAUAGUAAGGUGAGGGAUGUGCUGCUGGAAGAUGCGCUGCUGCAACGGUAUGAGGGUUUGCGUAAAAUGACAGUGAACGACUUUAUUCAGGAGUUCGUUGGCGGGACUUUUGCGGUGGCUGAGGCAGAAAAUGUUAGGAUGCCUAUUUUUGUUAAGAAUCCCAGAAGAUAUAUUGUUGAUGCCGAGAUUCUUGAGGAUAUACAAGGCACUAAUGAGUUUAAAACAGUGAAGACAGCUAUUGAUCUGUCUGAGAAGGUAGACUACCUUGACGAAAAGGAAAUUUACUAUCUCCGGCAGUGGGAAAGGAGGGGGACAGUGGAAAUAAGGGAAUUUGUUGGUCCCGUGGCGAGGGGAAGGUUGGAUGGAGCACUGGAGGUCGCCAAGGAAGUAUGGGAGAGAGCUGCCCAAACAGCCGGUGGUGCCGAACUCCCAGAUGUUUAUGAUUCCAUAUAUAAUGCAAAAUGGAGUUAUGUGAUGUCGGGUUAUAAUACAGAGCGACUUGGCAUGAAAGUGUUCGAUGGAAGGCCACCGCACAUGUGGACGAAGGAGGAGGUUGAUGUCAGUCACACUCCGGAAACUAUGAAGGAACCACUUCCCCGUCACGGUAACUUGGAGAUUGCUGUGCUUACAUCUCAAAUGGGUUGGCCGUGCACGUUUUUCCUGUCGGACAUAGUGGAUUAUGAUAUUAAUCACAAGAAGGGAGUGGAUCACGUUUUUAACGAUGACGUUUAUAUCCGUAGGGAAGCACUGAGGGUGUGGCAUAAGGUUGAGGAACGGCUUAACCAGUGGCUUAUGGGCAAGCUGAAUAUCGACCGGGCAUCCAAUGUUCUUGUUGGUACACCUGGUAUUGGUAAAUCGUUUUCCGUGGGAUCCUUUUUGUUAUACACCCUGGCGAUGCCGGCCACCUCAACGUGGUGCCAGGGUCCAGUACCCCGUAUCAUCGGGGGAAGCCAAGAGCCAGCAGCGUUCCUUUCAUGGGGAACACUGCUGUGCUCCGGCUACGGCAUCAUACAGCACAGGGAUCAGCAGCGUCUUGCUGGGACACCGUUUUUCAUUUGUCGGUCCCUGGGCACGUGCCAGCGUGCCAUCAGCAGUAUCAUCCGCACUAAGAUGCUGCUGUCCGGUGAUGUGGAAGAGAAUCCCGGCCCGUCGUUGCGCGGGAUGCAGUGGAACUGCGCCGGGCUAUCUCAAGGAAAGAGAUUAGCACUCCACAAAACCCUUGUUGAUGAGCGGAUCGCCUUUUGUCUGUUGAGCGAGACAAGGAUGACGCCUGGAGAGGCGGCUUGCUUUAGCGUUGCUGGCUACCAACAUCACGGAAUAGCUCGUAACUGCAAAGGAGGUGGUGUAUCAAUACUAGUGAGGGAGGACCUACCAGUCGAGACCGGUAUGGCCGUUAUUGGUCGCAUUGAACAAGUGCAUGCAACAAUUCACCUUGCACGUGGAACGGCGCUGACUGUCACGUCGGCAUACAUCCCACCAAAACACACCUUCACGGCAACUGACCUAGAUACGCUUCUGACGACUGACGGUGCCCAGCUCAUCGGUGCAGACGCUAACGCACACGCGUUGGCAUGGGAUCGCGCGAGCCCACCAAAUACCAAGGGUGAAACCCUCACACAGUGGUGCAUUGACAACCAGUUUCUGGUCUGCAACACUGGUGAGUGCACCAGGUACGCGUGCCACCACGGGGAGUCCACCCCUGAUGUGACACUGUCAAGGAAUUGCACAGUGUACACGUGGACAUCGCUGUAUUCUCCCGAUAGCGAUCACCAUCACAUAUUUUUCGACGUUAUCGUUGGAGACGACACAGAUGCACUGAGUUGCCCGCGGCUUCGAAAGCCCAUGUACGCAUGGCUAAAAGCUAACUGGAGGAAUUUCCGUCUCAAGGUUGACGAGCUCUGCAGGAAAAUUGGUAGAGAGAAGAACGUCAACACCCUGGAACAGAAAUUGAGCUCCGCCAUCCGCAUUGGACACCUGCGCUCGCGAAACUCGAUGAAGAGAUCGCUGGAUGCGGACCCUCCCGCCGAAGGGAAAAGUUGGUAGCCACGCGUAAGCAGAUCCUGGACCGUACCACAAAGAAGAGAUGGAGCACGCUAUGCUCCAGACUUGCGGUGUCAGACCGCUGCAGUUGGCACAUUGUCAAGAAGGUAUAUGCGCCACGACCACUAACCACACCGGCUGUACUUGUUGAUAACGCGGCCAUCACGGACUACUGUCAAGCUGAGAGGUUCAGUAAACUGUACUCGUCCCGCGCAAGAAGGCACCCCGACUCACACCCACCGGCACCAAUAAAGACGAUAGCGAGUGAGUUCAGUCCCAUCACGAUGGCUGAACUACGGAGAUCGAUCAAACUGCUACCGAGUGGAUCCGCAGCCGGACCUGAUUGCUUAUACAACGAGGCACUGCAACAUCUCUGUAGAACAGCGCUGAAUGUUGUUCUGAGGCUAUUCAAUGAGAGCCUACGAACGGGAGUCGUGCCGCCUGCAUGGAAGACUGGUGUUAUCAUCCCCAUCCUGAAGGCCGGAAAAAAGGCGGAGGACCUCGAUUCUUACAGGCCUGUGACGCUCACGAGCUGUCUCUGCAAAGUCAUGGAGCGCAUAAUUGCCGCGAGACUUAGAGACACUGUUGAGUCCCAGCUGACGCCGCAGCAAUCAGGCUUUCGCCCCGGAUGCUCAACGCUCGAACAACUCCUGCACGUCCGCGCUGCCCUCUGCCGUCCCACGCACCAAUAUCGUACGGGUGCUGUAUUCGUUGACUACGAGAAGGCAUUUGAUACAGUAGACCACGACAAAAUUGCGAGGGAAAUGCACAGAAUGAAGGUAUCACCCCACAUUGUGAAGUGGUGCGUAUCAUUUCUGAGUAACCGAACUGGCAGAGUGAGAUUCAAGGAGAAGCUUUCCAGAAGCAGAACAUUUGAGCGAGGAGUGCCACAAGGAACUGUCCUUGGCCCAAUCAUGUUCAUUAUUGUCAUGAACUCGUUGAGCCAACGCCUUGCAGAGGUGCCGUUACUGCAGCACGGAUUCUUUGCAGACGACCUAACGCUACUUGCGAGGCACACAGAGAGGGAUGUCAUCAACCACGCACUACAGUGCGGUCUAAACGUGGUGUUACAGUGGUCAAAAGAGUACUUCAUGUCUGUCAACGUAGCGAAAACAAAGUGCACACUCUUCGGGUGUAUAGAGCGCCACCCCCUUACAUUACAACUGGACGGUGAAAGAAUAGGAGCUGACAGGACACCGAAGCUUCUAGGAGUAACAUUCCAGUGUCUGCAGGGGAUGGCAACACAUGCGGCCGAAACGAGACGCAAGAUGGACUUCCGACUACUGCAGAUAGCAGCCAUCUCAGCUUCUACAUGGGGGCCAAGACGACAAGUACUGAGAGCUUUUUAUCUAGCACUCGUACAGGCACACACCAUGUAUGGCAUUGAGGUAUGGUACUGGGACGCUUCGGAACGAAGUCGCGACCUCCUUGCAUCAGCACAACACAAAGCCAGUCGCAUCAUAGCCGGCAUACCGCAUGGGACGCGCAAAGAGGACUCUCUGCUGGAAGCAAACCUCCUGCCACUCAAGACGACCACUCUUGUGCGCAGCAUGAAAUUCAUGCUGAUGUGUGAGUCACGAGGCGGAUGUUUGCGGCGCAGUGCUGAAGAAGUAUACCACAGCAAACACCCAGUCAGAGCCCUACAUUCCCGUAUCAUGCGGUCCUACCCCCACCUCCGCAUUGAGCCACGCGAGCACCCACUAGAGACAUCGACGCUCCGCCACAGCUGCCGACCGAUAUUUCACACGCAGAUAAAGCCUGUGUGCGCUGAUGACCCUGACGAUGUCAAAAGGGAGGCUUCCGAAAAGUGGAUUGAACGGCAUUUUGCACGGAGGGGGAAGGAGCCACCGCGGCGAGAGCACUACGAAUUGUGGACUGAUGGAUCCGUGUCCCUCGGUGAGAAGUCCGGAGCAGCUGCCCUGCUCUACAGAAACAACACGCUGAUUUGCGCACCUAAGACAGGAGCAGGGGAACUCUCAUGCAGUUACAGAGCGGAAUGCGUAGCAUUAGAGAUAGGACUGCAACGGCUGCUGAAAUGGCUUCCGGCAUACAGAACCACACCGAGCAGGUUAUCCAUCUUCUCUGACUCGCUGUCAAUGUUAACAGCACUGCAGACAGGCCCCCUAGCCGUAACGGACCCAAUUCUAAGACGACUAUGGAGGCUUCUGCUUCAAGUUCAGAGAAGGAAGAUACGUAUCCGACUGCAAUUUGUGUUUGGCCAUUGUGGCGUGAAACGGAAUGAGGUUUGCGAUGACAUGGCCAAAAAGGCCGCAGAUUUACCACAGUUGCGAGACACAUGGAUCCCCGACAUCAUUGCUUAUGCGAAGCGAGUGCUUAGGUCGGAAGAAGUCCAUGAGAACACUCAUAGGUUUGGUAUCACGGGCAACCACUUUCCAACAAAACAUAAGGAAGAACUGACGAGGGAAGAAGAAACGGCACUGGCACGCUUUCGGGUUGGGUCUUCAAGGCACUAUGGAUGGAUGUUGCGAAAGAUCAACCCGAGUGUGCCUCCACAGUGCCGAUGGUGCAACCCGCAACAUGCAGAGAUAGGGCCAACAAUACAAACGGCCCCAACUGUUGCGACACGCACUCUUCAAAGAACCUCCGAACCGACCAAAUGUACGGAAUGUGAUGCCACAUACCAAUGCCGCUCGAGUGCUGCAACGCAUAUGGUAAACAAACAUGGCUUUGUGCGAGCUGAUGCCCUCCGGAGGAUCAAAUACGGCGAUGCAACACCUGCAGUGGAUAUCCCCCCGGAGCCCCCUCCAGUGGUGGCGAUCGUUCCCCUACCAUCGAGCACACGAGUCCCGAUGAGACCGCAGGUGCUUCAUUGUACCAUCUGUGCCUCCAAAUUCGCAGUGCCAGGCAGACUACUACACCACCUUAGAACAAUACAUGGCAUAGGCAGCGGCAGUUGCCGCGUGAAAAGGGGGCGAGAGAACGAGGACUCAGUGCAAGGAGAUGGUAAAGCCCCAGCAGCGCCAGCCUCUCAGGAUACACGGAAGCUGCCGUUUCAAUGUGACCUGUGCGAGGCGAGCUUCGGUACACGUUCUUCCCUGACACUACACAAGAAAUUCAAACAUAAAAGCAUAGUGACGGAGGACGGUACCGUGGUGUUGGUGCAAUUCCCUCGUAAGCGUGCCCGUGAGGGAAACGUUGACGUCCCGGGGAAGGGCGAGGUGCAGUGCGGUGUGUGCCAAAAAGUGCUCAGUUGCAGGGACUCCCUCAUCCGACACUGUAAGGCUUUCCACAAAGGUGAGGUAGUCGAGCUUAAAUGCAGCAAAAGCACAAAAUUGUGUGCCACUGAUUCCCCGCAUACAAACACAUCCAUGUUGGUGUGCCCGACAUGCGGAAGGCAGUGUGCUAGCAAAACUGGCCUCACCCUACAUCAAAAGAAGAUGCACGGUAUGAAGGUAGAGCGCGCUGUUACCAGCCAACGCGGCGACUGCGAAGAAACGUCGCUGCACUUGAUGAGCUGUCCCGGUUUGAAGGAGUUACGUGUCAGGUUUGCGGUAGAAGGUGAGUGUGUGCAGGAUGUAUGUUUCUCCAAAAGGCUGGCGCAGUUUCUCAUUGCGGUUGAACGGAGCCGGCCGCAGGUGAAGUCCUCACCUAAGGUAACAGUCAUACAACCCACUCUCCCUUCUGCAACUUCCCCCCUUAUUGCCGAAUGUGGAGCUAGCAGGAAAAGCAUCGGACGCAGGAAUAGUCCAGACACCCUUAGAGACAGAGGGGGUAUGCAAUCAACAAGCAACAGAAACAGAAAGAGGAGAAGAGAAUAAUAAACGAAUAACAAAAAUCAAAACAAAAGGAUUGCUAAUUGACAUCUUUGGGAGAGUCCGGGGUGAGGGGGGCUUCUCGCCCCAUCUGCUGUAUUCCGUUCAACUGCGGAGCUACAACAAAAAUUAUAGAGAGUGUGUGUGUUAGGAUGAAUGAAAAAGGGAGACUCUGCCACAGUCGCCAGACCGAUAGCAUCUCAGGGCUCUACGGUGAUGGCUGAUGGCCGCGCCAGUUGGGAGAAACUCUCACGAAGGCACGAAGAAAAUUCUAAAAAAAAAAAAAAAA